AUGAGUGAUCAUGGAAAUGCACCCCCAGGGCCACCACCCCCAUUACUAAUGAAUCCUGAUAUGAUGAAAAUGCCUCCACCUGGUCCUGACAAUAUGAAUAUGCUUCAAGGACCUCCUCCAGGACCACCUGGUGUACCUGAUAACAUCAUGGGUCCACCACCAUCCAAUUUUGGUCCUCCUGGAACUCAAGGAUGGCCAAAUGAUGAUUUUUCUACUAUGGGACCACCACCAGCAAUAAUGCAACCACCUCCAAUAAAUGAAAAACAGCUACCCUCAUUGUUGUCAUUGAAGGUUGAUCCACCUGAACAACUCUUGGAGGGUAGUUCAGAAGUUGUUCUUCCCCAAGCUUUGGAGGAGGUUCUUGCUUUGAAAAAUCAGAGAGUAUUAGAACUUGGUACAGACAAUGAUGGAACUGGUAACCAACAGAGCAAACAACAACAACAAAAGGAACCUGAAAGGGAGCCACUAUGGGAAAAAGAUGAUAAUGCUGUGGUAGAGGAUAUUCCAAUUAUAGAAAAUACCAUACCAAAAUCAGUGUCAGCCAAACAACAAAAGGAAAAAGAUAAGGUAAGUAAAAACAAAAAGAAAAAGAAGAGGAGGAAAAAUAAGAAGGAAAGAGAAAAUGAUGAUAAGCAGAAGGAUAACAAUGAUGAUUUGAAAGGAGCAGUGGACAAAGGAUGUGUAGAUGACCAAACAGAUGAAGACAUUGAAAUUGAAUACAUACAAGAAACUAUUGGUCUGCAUGAAUUAGCACCACAAUAUAGACAGUUCUAUAGUAUAUUUGAAUCUUUCAAAAUAUCUGAUCUGAAAGCUGAUAUAGCACCACCAGUAUUAGCUUUGCCAACCUCACUUUCAAGUAAAGCCAUUCCAAGUGAAGAUGUUGAUGAAUAUGAUGAUUUGGAUGAUAAAAAAAAUGAUGAUAAGUCAAAGCUAUCCAAAAGAAAAAUGAAGAAACUCACUAGAUUGAGUGUGGCAGAAUUAAAACAACUGGUACAUAGACCAGAUGUAGUAGAAAUGCAUGAUGUUACAGCAAGAGACCCUAAAUUACUUGUUCAGUUGAAGGCACAUAGAAACACUGUACAGGUACCCAGACACUGGUGUUUCAAACGUAAAUACUUACAAGGGAAAAGGGGUAUUGAAAAACCCCCAUUCAAUCUACCAGAAUUCAUAAAGAAAACCGGCAUCAUGGAAAUGAGAGCAUCACUUCAAGAUAAGGAUGAAUCAAAAACUUUGAAAGCUAAAAUGAGGGAACGAGUCAGACCCAAGCUGGGAAAAAUUGAUAUUGAUUAUCAAAAACUCCACGACGCCUUUUUCAAGUGGCAAACGAAACCGAAGAUGACGAUACACGGCGACCUCUACUACGAGGGCAAGGAGUUUGAGACGCGCCUGAAGGAGAAGAAACCCGGCGACCUGUCCGAGGAGCUGCGCACAGCUCUCGGCAUGCCCGUCGGCCCCAGCGCCAAUAAGGUGCCGCCCCCGUGGCUGAUCGCGAUGCAGCGAUACGGCCCGCCGCCCAGCUACCCCAACCUGAAGAUCCCCGGGCUGAACGCGCCCAUCCCGGAGGGGUGCGCGUUCGGGUACCACGCGGGCGGCUGGGGCAAGCCGCCCGUCGACGAGAACGGGAAGCCGCUGUACGGGGACGUGUUCGGGACCACUACCAGCCAUAUCGAUGACAUCGGCGAGGACCCGAACGUCGACCGCACCCUGUGGGGCGAACUCGAGUCCGAGUCGGAGGAGAGCGAAGAAGAGGAGGAGGAGGAGGAGAGCGAGUCGCAGCCGCCGCCGGACGAGACCGGCCUUCUGACGCCGGCCGAGGGGCUGGCCACGCCCAGCGGCAUCUCGAGUAUCCCCGCCGGAAUGGAGACGCCCGAGACCAUCGAGCUGCGGAAGAAGAAGAUCGAGAACGAGAUGGAAGGGACGGAGACCCCCGUCCUCUACCACAUCAUCCCCGAGAAGCGGCCCGACCGCCUCGGCGCCGCCAUGAUGGGCAGCAGCCACGUGUACGACCUGACGAGCGUCGCCGGCACCGCUGCGGCCGCCCCCGCCUCGGCGCCCGCCGCUCCCGCCGCCAAACGGGGCGAGGGCAUGGUCGAGUUGGCGUUGGACCCGUCCGAGCUCGACAUGGACAGCGACGCGAUGGCGGUGCGCUACGAGAGGCAGAUGCGCGAGAAUCGGUCGCAGCUGCAGAAGGAGGAUCUCAGCGAUAUGCUGGCGGAGCACGUGGCCAAGCAGAAGAGUAAACGAAAGAGACAACAACAGGAUACCAAACAAACCAAGAAGUAUAAGGAGUUCAAAUUUUGA